AUGUCUAGAAUUAACUUGGGUGUCACAGGAGACUACCAUGUCCACUUACGUGAGGGAAAGAUGAUGGAGUUGGUCACCCCAACCAUUCGUGAAGGUGGUGUUUCCAUUGCAUACAUCAUGCCUAACUUGACUCCUCCAGUUACCACCAUUGAGAAAGUGGUGGAUUACAAGAAACAAUUGCAAGCUUUAUCUCCAAAGACAACCUUCUUGAUGACUUUUUACUUGAGCCGUGACUUGACCCCUGAAUUGGUCGAUAAGGCUGCGAAGUUGGGAGCCAUCGACGGGAUCAAGUGUUAUCCAGCCGGGGUGACUACCAACUCUCAGGCCGGGGUCGAUCCAAAUGAUUUCAGUGAUUUUUACCCAAUUUUCGAAGCCAUGGAAAGAAAUGACUUGGUGUUGAACUUGCACGGUGAAAAACCUUCCACCCACAACGACCAUGACCAUGCCCAUUUGGAUGACACCAAUGUCGAUGAAGCCAUUCAUGUGAUGAAUGCCGAAUCCAAAUUCUUGCCAGCUUUGGAGAAAUUGCACAAGGAUUUCCCAAAUUUGAGAAUCGUUUUGGAACACUGUACUACCAAAGCUGCCAUCGACAUGGUUGAAAAAAUCAAUGCCGAAAGAAAACCAGAAGACCCAAUCAAAGUUGCUGCCACCAUCACCGCCCACCAUUUGUACAUCACCAUCGAUGACGUUGCUGGUAAUCCAAUCAAUUUCUGUAAACCUAUUGCCAAGUUGCCAUUGGAUCGUCAAGCUUUGAUCAAGGCUUCUACCUCAGGUAAGCCAUAUUUCUUCUUUGGAUCCGACUCAGCUCCUCACAUCUUGUCCAACAAAGUGAGAAACGAAGGGGUUUGUGCCGGUGUCUAUACCCAAAAUAACGCCAUUGCUUAUAUUGCAGAAAUUUUCGAUAAAUACAAUAAGUUGGACAACUUGAAGAAGUUCGUUUCCGACAAUGGGAUUGGUUUUUAUGCAAUUCCAAAAGAAAAAAUCGUUAACCAUGAUGAGUUGAUCUUGGUCAAGGGUGAAAACAUUAUCCCAACACUUAUUGGAGAAGGUGAAUGUGUGGUACAACCUUUCAAGCCAGGCCAAAAGCUCUCCUGGACUGUUGAAUGGGAAAGUAAAUAG